GGGGGGUCGUUCCCCCAGGGGCGCGGGGGUCGUCGCCCCCCCCUCAGCGUGUUGAGAGGAACUUCACGGCCACUCAGCGGUCAGCUAGACCGUUCUCCCCCCGUUGGCUGAGUGGCCGCGACUGGAGCGCCACCCUCCCCCCUUUGGUCGGUACCGGUACUACGGGGUUCCUGCGACCUCGAAUCUGUCCCGGGCCUCAAAGCCGAUGUUCCCCGAAGCUCCCCAUGUCGGCCCAUUUGGUGAUUUCCAACCUCGGGUCAUUGCGAUGCCUCCGGAAUGCCGCUUUCGGGACCCCCGGUUCGAGUGCCGGUCCGAUGGAGGCAGCUCCAGCUAGGUAACUGCCGCCCUAGUUCCCACCACGGCCGCCUGACCUUUUGAGCCGUCAACAGUCCACUUGUCAAACUGUUCUAUUGCCGACGGCCUCAGUGAAGGUGUACAACCCGAGUGGCGACUGUUUAACGGUUCGCGCUCUAUUGGAUUCGGGUUCACAACGCUGUGUGGCCUCCACUUGGUUGGUGGGAAUACUAGGGCUCCCCUGGAGCUCUGAAUCACGUCCAAUGGUAGGUAUCGGAGGUACCGAGCCUCCUGCUCCUAGGGGACAAGCGGAGUUGUUUGGCCCUGCCAGCGAACACCUUCACAUUCUAGUUAAGGUAAAUGUCCUCGAUGACAUUGUAGGCUUUCUUCCUAACGUCCGUAUAAAUGACAGCGCGGUUCGUUGUGCGUCGGGUUUGAGACCGGCAAACCCUCAAUGGUCCCAACCUGGGCCUAUAGAUUUGUUGCUGGGGGCCGACGCGCUGGGGUUCAUCUUGUUAGGCGAGAUACGAGCCCUACAGCCCGAUGGCUUGUCAGCCAUGUCCACUGUGUUUGGGCACAGUCUCUUUGGACCGGUUCUGUGGUCUCCACCUCAGACGGCCGACCCACUCUCUGUUGUGGGCGUGUCCCUUUCGGACGUCGUCCAGCGGUUCUGGGAAAUUGAGGAGCCACCACACGCGGCUCGAGUCAACCCACUGGACCGUGAGUGCGAGUUGUUCUAUCAGAACAAUACCGGCCGUCGUGUCGACGGUCGUUUUGUGACUCGCUUACCCUUUCUUGACUCACGGCCCUCUUUGGGCCAAUCUCGUACCCUGGCCGAAAAGAGGUUGCUUUCCAUGGAGCGCCGUAUGCGGCGCGACCCAGCCUUUCUCGACAAAUAUGUCGAGUUCAUGCGCGAGUAUCAAGAGGUGGGUCAUAUGUCACCGUCCAACUUCGACUGGCGGUCACAGGAGCACUAUGCGGUCUUGAGGACUCCCUCACCAUGCGGUCUUGAGGACCCCUGGGAGUAAGAUUCUGGUAGGUUUUGACGGCUCCGCCCCCUCGUCAAAUGGUGUGUCCCUGAACCAGUGUCUCCACUCUGGUCCUAAAUUGAUCAAGGACAUAUCCGACAUUUUGACCCACUUCCGUCGGCACCAAGUGGUUUUUGUAGCCGACAUUCGGAUGAUGUUUCGACAUUCAGUGGUCCAUCGUGAUGACUGUCGAUAUCAGCUGAUAUUGUGGCGCGAGAAGCCCAGCGAUCUGAUACAGGUGUUUGAGUUGAACACUACCACCUAUGGACUCCGGUCCAGCCCGUAUAUCGCCAUGCGAACCCUCCUUGAACUCGCUGAGCGAGAGCGUCUAAGAUACGCUCGGCGGGCUUCUAUUUUGAAGACUUCGGUCUACAUGGACGACAUUUGCACGGGCGCCUCCACCGUCGAGGAGGCUCUUGUAUUGCGAGACGAAUUGAUUGCCAUCCUGAAGUCCGGAGGUUAUGAGUUGCGCAAAUGAUUGUCGAACUCCCCUCAUAUUUUGAAGGAUCUCCCAGGAGAGGAUCAACAAGACCCUCAUCUAUUCGAGCACCCUGAAAAUCCUAAUUUGUUGACUAUGCUGGGCAUUCAAUAUCAGCCGUAUCAAGUCAAACUCGAUCCCCCUCCUAAAGCAUGGACCAAGCGCUCCGUGCUGUCUACAGUAGCCCUCACCUUCGAUCCUAAUGGAUGGAUCACUCCGGUCAUUUUUUUGGCUAAGUGCUUUCUUCAAAAGCUCUGGAUAUCCGGGCUGGGUUGGGACGAGCCUAUUAGCGGCGCUCUCUUGCGAGAUUCGCACUUCAUUGUGUCCUCCCUUCCGGACAUCAACCGGGUCUCCAUGCCAAGGUGCUUCCUCCCUCCAGGGAAAUGCAGGGCUACCCUACAUGGAUUUUGCGACGCCUCUGAGAAGGGCUAUGCUGCUGUCGUAUAUUUGCGGACUGUGAGCUCUUCUGGCCAUACUUCAGUCCAUCCCGUACUUGCUAAAAGCAAGGUUGCUCCCAUUAGGUCCCGCUUAACUAUCCCUAAAUUGGAACUGUCCGGAGGCGCUCUUCUCUCGCGACUCCUCAACCAUGUUCACUCGUCUUUGAAGUCUGUAAUCGACCUUACGGAUGUCUACGCGUGGUCGGACAGUGAGAUAGUACUUUGUUGGCUCAGAGCUGCACCUCACAAUCUUGAGGUCUUUGUGGCGAACCGCGUGUCUCAAAUGCAGAAUUCUGGGACGUCUCUAAACUAAAGACAUGUCCCAGGGGAGUUGAAUCCCGCAGACUGCGCUUCUCGCGGCUGUGGAGCCCUCUCUUUGGUUGACCACCCGCUGUGGUGGGGUCCCAGUUGGUUGACUGAGUCUCAGUCAUUCUGGCCCCAGAAUAAAUACUCCGAACCGAUUGAAUUGCCUGGCCUACGAGCCUGAGUAGGAGUGGAUCCCACUCGGGAUUUCUCCCUGCUAGAACGGUACAGCUGUCCCGAUAAGCUCUUAGGAGUGACUGCUUUGUUGCGUCGAUUUGUCCGCAAUUCGAGAGACCGGUCCAACCGAAUCUCUGAUUCCGUUUUGUCCCCUAGCGAGCGUCGGGAAGCUUUGAUGCUUUGGACUCGUAUGGUCCAAGUGGAGCAUUUUGAGCCCGUGAUUGAAACCUUGAAGCGAGGCUCCGUUGUCAAGGGCGCUCUGGCCCGUCUGAACCUCUUCCUGGACGACGCUGGUAUGCUGCACGUUGGCGGACGUUUGAAAAAUUCUCAACUGCCGUACGGGACUCGAUACCCGUUACUACUCCCUAAGGACGGCGCCUUUGUUCGGUUGCUGGUAACUCACCAUCAUAUUAAGAAUGCCCACGCUGGGUGUAACGCUCUUUCGGCUAUUUUGCAGCGGGAGUUUUGGAUUUUGGCUGGCCGACGCACCAUUCGGAGCGUCUUCUUUAUGUGCAUACCUUGUUAUAAACUGAAGGCCACCAUCCGACCGCAUCAGGGCCAUCCGACCAUUCGCUGGAGUCGGAACAGACUUUGCUGGCCUCUUCCUCGUCAAGUCCCCCAACCUUCGUAACGCGCGUCCUUCACUGCUGGCCGUAUGAGGGCGAGCUAUGGAGAGGGCUAUGCUCGGGGUUUCUAUGCGUGAUAAACUUAGAAGUAAGGAUAUCCGCAGUAGAACCAGAGUAACCGACAUACCCCAACGGAUUAGUAAGCUGAAGUGGCAGUGGGCCGACCAUAUGGCUCGAAGAACCGACAACCGAUGGGGAAGAAAGGUUCUCGAGUGGCAGCCUCGUACCGGUAGGCGAAGUGUAGGGCGACCCCCCACGAAAUGGAGAAUAGAUUGCUUUAUAGGGAAGAUCUUGCCACAGUUGGUACGCUUUGCAGGCGGGUUGACAACUGCAGUUUUGAUAAUUUUGAUUUGUUAUUAGGAAGAUGCUUUUGCCUAUCUUCAGUUUCACUUUUCUCUGUAGUCUCAUGAUAUCGAGUAAUAUUGGAUAGUCUACUGCUGAAUAUAGGCCUCCCUCAAGGAAUGUUUUGUGACAUUCCUUGAGGGAGACCUAUGUUGCUUGGCAUGGUUUUAAGCUACCUGCAUCCAUCAACUUUCUGUAUGUCUAACUAUGUUGUCACUCCAUUACUCAUGUCAACUUCUAAAUAAAAUUAUAUAACCAAUGCGUGUUGCCACUGAUGACUCAUGGAUCUGAUACGUGGUAUUUCACUGCUGGCCGUAUGAAAAAGCUUAAGGCCGUUCAGCGAGCUAUGGAGAGGACUAUGCUUAGGAUUUCUCUGCUUUAUAGAUUUAAAAAUGAAAAUAUCUACAGUACAACCAGAGUAACUGACAUAGCUCUACGGAUUAGUAAGCUGAAGUGGCAAUGGACCGACCAUGUAGCUCGAAGUACCGACAACCGAUGUGGAAGAAAGGUUCUCGAGUGGCAGCCUUGCCCGGUAGACGAAGUGUAGGGCGGAGUAAUAUUUUAACUAGCAUAUUAUUAAAUAAUCAAAUGUGUGCGUGCAGCGAGGUGCUGGUGCUGGUGCUGGAGCGGUGGAGCGGCGGCGCGCUGGAGAAGCAGCAGGCGGCCGUGCGCGACGCCAUCCGCCGCGCCUGCGCCGACGCCGACAGUGUCGCCCGCACCAACGCGCGCAGAGCGUAUUGGGCAUACAAACGUCACUUCCCAGAGGAUGCGGAGCAACUGUUCGCUCGUCUGGACCCCGGAGCACAAAAGCAGAUCGAACGUGAGAGGAUCGGCAGUGUGGAUAGCUUGCAACAUAUCGGCACGGGUUAGUAAGGGUUCUAUUAACAAUUUGUUUUAUAUGUAAAGUUAUGCAUGAUUAGUGCUAGUGUAAAAUGUGUGUGUGUCACGUACAAAUAGAAUGCAUUCUGUAAUUAUCACCUAUGCAAAAUAGUAAUCAAAGAAGUACAACAAUAUGAUAUCAAUUCCCCUGGAUCGACGAUUGCUAUACUCGUAUUUUUAUUGUGCCAAACUCAUUCGUUCAUUUAAUAAAUGUAUACAACUGGUAUACACUGUUCUCUUUAUAUCUAUAUAUUUUAUAGAGACAGACAACAUAUUU